GUCUGUUUGUGGCUUUCACCAUUGGUUACAAUCAAAUGCCCUUCUCGAUUUUUGUCUGUUUCUUCAUUAGUUAAUUUGGUUAAACUAAUUUAAUUUCAAUUAAUCUCUAUUUAUUAUUAUGGGAUCUGGAAAUAGUACACGAAGGAUCACUAUUACUAAUGAAAGUGAUAACGUUCUUAAGCUUUCCGAAUCGGUGGUUGAAAGAUUGAAGGAUAACGUCGAAAAGGAACGUCCUGCACCUUCACAAGAAAAUAAACAACCAAAUUGGAGUGCUUCGGUCGAAGAGGAACCACAGUUAAUGCCCCAGGCUCCUCAACAGGGUGGUAAAUUUGUAACAAUGGAUACAUUAAGACUUAGACAACAACAUCAACAAGAACUUGAUUUGAUUCAAAAACAUUACCGAAACAAGACCGAAUAUUUGGAAAGACAAAAUCGUCAAUUGUUCGAUGCAUCUAGAUCAAAGCUUGAGAAUAAAUUGAAUCAAGUUGAUGAGAAAUACAUUUCAUCUCAUAAACAUGAGCCUGUUUGUGUUGAAGCCCAAAGAAAUGUAGAAUUUUGUUAUAAUGAAAAUCAAGGCAUGUCUUUAAAAUGUUCCAAAGUAGCUAAAGAGUUUAUUAAUUGUGUUGAUUCAGUAAGGAGACAAAUAAUUAACCAAGCUUCUUAAGGAUGGCGACUUUCAAAUCUUAGAGAGGGUGCUUUUAUUUGAUGUUAAUCAGCGUAAAACAAUUGUUUGACGCUUUGGUUAAAGAGACUCAUAAGGUCUCAAUUAAUAAAUAUCUUGUAUAGAAUAGACCUGGUAUUAAUUCCAUCAGCCAACUGAUAAUAAAGUCUUCAAUUUAAAAAGCAAUUCA